GCUUCUCCUCGUAAAACACAUCAAAUAUGGUUCCAAAAGACAUCACCAUCACUUCCUAUGAAGUCCGUGACAUUCGCUUCCCCACCUCCAAAAGUCUCGAUGGUUCUGAUGCCAUGAACAAGGAUCCUGAUUACUCUGCCGCCUACGUUACUUUCUAUACCGACUCUGACCUUAUUGGCAGUGGUAUGACCUUUACCAAUGGACGUGGUAACGAAGUCUGCACAGUCGCUAUUGAGGCUCUUGCUCCCAAGUUCGUUGGCAAGCGUCUUAGCGAACUCACAGCCAACAUGGCCGAUACCCACCGCAUCUGCACUGGAGACUCCCAACUUCGAUGGAUCGGUCCUGAGAAGGGUGCCAUUCACCUUGCUACUGCCGCUGUCAUCAACGCUAUCUGGGAUCUAUGGGCUAAGGCUGCUGGCAAGCCCGUUUGGAAGCUUGUCGCUGAUAUGACUCCCGAAGAGUUCAUUCGUUGCAUCGAUUUCCGUUACAUCACUGAUGCUCUCACUCCCGAACAAGCCUUGGACAUUCUCAAGGCCAAUGAAGCUACCAAGCAUGAGCGUGAAGCUGAGAUGCUUGAGAAGGGUUACCCUGCUUACACCACUUCCGCUGGUUGGCUCGGUUAUUCAGAUGAUAAAGUCCGCCGCUUGGUAAGAGAAGCCAAGGCAGAAGGUUUCACUAUCUUCAAGCAGAAGGUUGGCUCUGACAAGGCUUCUGAUGUUCGACGUGCAGCUCUUCUUCGUGAGGAAAUUGGCGAGGAUGGUGUAUUGAUGAUGGAUGCCAACCAGGUUUGGGAUGUGCAAGAGGCUAUCGAUUGGAUGCAAGAUCUUCUUCCUUUCAAUCCUCUCUUCAUUGAGGAGCCCACUUCUCCCGAUGAUGUCCUCGGCCAUGCUGCUAUCCGUAAGGCUUUGUACCCUCGCACCCGUGUUGCAACUGGUGAACACAUUCAAAACAGAAUCAUCUUCAAGCAACUCUUCCAAGCUGAGGCUAUCGAUUUCUGCCAGAUCGACUCUUGCCGUGUCGCUGGUGUCAAUGAGAUCCUUGCUAUCCUUUUGAUGGCUAAGAAGUUCAAUAUCCCUGUUUGCCCACACGCUGGCGGUGUUGGUCUCUGUGAAUACGUCCAACAUCUUUCCCUCAUUGACUAUAUCUGCGUCUCUGGUACUACCGAAGGUCGUGUCCUUGAAUAUGUUGACCAUCUUCACGAACACUUCUUGGACCCUGUCGUCAUGAAGAACGGAAGAUACACCGCUCCCCGUGCUCCAGGCUACAGCAUUACCAUGAAGAAGCAAUCCAUUGAGGACUAUACCUUCCCUACUGGCAAGAUUCACCAGUCAUAAAGACCCCCCUCCACCUCCAUCUCAUUUUUUCAAGCCAAUCAUGUGCAAUCAUAUAUUUCGCAUAGAUUCGAAUUUUCAUAAAGGCCAUCUAUUUCGUCUUUCUCUAACUUCUAAAUAGCUCAAAUAACGCCUACGGCUCGUUGGUUUUAUUUUUUCUCUACCACUUUGUACAAUUGCCUUGAUAAUAAAAAAGCCAUGAAC